CUAAGGGGGAGUGGCAGCCUGUCGCCCGGCCCUGAAGAGGCGGCUCCAGCGGCAGCGAGCGAGCGCGCAUGCACCGGCUCGGGCGGCCCCUUUGAGGAGCACGCUUGGCGGGGCUCUGCGGGAGGACCGGCUGCGGGGGCCCAUGGCGAGCGGGGUUAUUAAAUGCAAGGCCGCUGUUGCCUGGGAGGCAGGUAAACCACUCUCUAUAGAAGAGGUAGAGGUUGCACCACCAAAAGCACAUGAAGUCCGUAUUAAGGUUGUUGCCACUGCUGUCUGUCACACAGAUGCCUAUACGCUGAGUGGUGCUGAUCCUGAGGGGUGUUUCCCAGUGAUCUUGGGUCACGAAGGAGCAGGAAUUGUGGAGAGUGUUGGGGAAGGAGUAACUAAAUUAAAACCAGGUGACACAGUCAUCCCACUGUACAUCCCACAAUGUGGAGAAUGCAAGUUCUGUUUUAACCCUAAAACCAAUCUCUGCCAAAAGAUAAGAGUUACCCAAGGAAAAGGACUGAUGCCCGAUGCUACUAGCAGGUUCACCUGCAAAGGAAAGCAAAUUUACCACUUCAUGGGGACUAGCACCUUCUCUGAAUACACUGUUGUGGCUGACAUCUCUGUGGCUAAAAUUGAUGCUGCUGCUCCUCUGGAUAAAGUUUGCCUAUUGGGCUGUGGAAUUUCAACAGGCUAUGGCGCUGCCAUCAACACUGCCAAGGUGGAACCUGGUUCUACCUGUGCUGUCUUUGGAUUGGGAGGAGUUGGGCUGGCAGUUAUUAUGGGCUGUAAAGUGGCUGGAGCUUCCCGGAUCAUCGGCGUUGAUCUCAACAAAGAUAAAUUUGCCAAAGCUAAAGAGUUUGGAGCCACUGAGUGCAUCAACCCUCAGGACUUCAAGAAACCCAUACAGGAGGUGCUGGUUGAGCUUACUGAUGGUGGAGUGGACUACUCUUUUGAGUGCAUUGGGAAUGUUGGUGUCAUGAGGGCUGCCUUGGAAUCCUGUCACAAAGGCUGGGGAGUGAGUGUGAUAGUUGGAGUAGCUGCUGCUGGGCAGGAGAUCUCUACCCGUCCCUUCCAACUAGUAACAGGUCGCACGUGGAAAGGGACUGCGUUUGGAGGUUGGAAGAGUGUAGAGAGUGUACCAAAGCUGGUGGCUGAAUACAUGUCAAAAAAGAUCAAAGUUGAUGAAUUUGUGACACACACUCUGCCUUUUGACAAAAUUAAUGAAGCUUUUGAACUGAUGCAUGCAGGAAAGAGCAUUCGAAGUGUCCUGAAAUUUUAAGGAUCCCGAAGAUGGAACCUGCCAGUCUUCUAG